CUCUGAUUUUCAGGCUGAGUUUUCAGUGAAUUUGCCCCAGAGGGAAGGUGGAGUGAAGGCUGGACACAGGUCACAGCCUCUGCAGUAUAUAAUGAAUGCAUAUGACAACAGGACUGCUACUUGAAACACACAUACACCGUGUGUGAAAAAAAACAUCUAUUUGCCAAAAGAUGGCACUUCUACCUGGAGGUUCCACGAUACCUUUACUCGGUGUCGGCGUCCUCGUCGCUUUUCUCGCCUACGCCACCUGCAAGCUGCUCGGCGGCUACCUGCACAAAUGGUUUGCGAUGAAGCCCAUCCCCGAGUUGGGGGGAACUUACCCCUUCAUUGGAAAUGCACUGCAGUUCAAAACCAGCGCGGGAGAUUUCUUCCGUCAAAUCGAGGAUUUCACCCGCGAGUUUUACAGUGCGCCGCUGUUUAAGCUCUGGAUUGGACCAGUGCCAUUUGUGAUUCUGUUUCAUGCCGAUACCGUUGAGACACUUCUGAAUAACUCCAUUCACUUGGACAAAUCUUCUUCCUAUGACUUCCUCCACCCUUGGCUCGGAACUGGUCUUCUCACUAGCACUGGGAAUAAGUGGCGCCAGCGGCGGAAGAUGUUGACGCCCACCUUCCACUUCUCCAUCCUGGCGGACUUCUUGGAGGUGAUGAACGAGCAGGCCGAGGUCCUGGUGGAGAAGCUGGACGCGAAGGCCGGGAGAGGUCCGUUCAACUGCUUCAGCUACGUCACCCUCUGUGCCCUGGACAUCAUCUGUGAAACCGCAAUGGGAAAGAAAAUUUACGCCCAGAGCAACGCUGACUCCGAAUAUGUCGAAUGUGUGUACAAAAUGAGCGACAUCAUCAGCCGCAGACAGAGGAAACCUUGGAUGUGGCCCAACUUUGUGUACCACCUCUUCGGCGAGGGCCGCGAGCACGACAAGACACUCGGGAUCCUGCACUCGUUCACCAACGAAGUGAUACGCGACAGAGCCGAGAAGACGCCCUCGCCUGAAUCGGACGGCGCGCCCGAGCGCGGCACAAGGAAAAGGCGGGCGUUCUUGGACAUGCUCUUGGGAACCACGGAUGAGAAUGGCAACAGAAUGAGCCACCAGGACAUCCAAGAGGAGGUGGACACCUUCAUGUUCAGGGGUCACGACACUACAGCUGCCGCGAUGAACUGGGCCCUGCAUCUGCUGGGCUCCCACCCCGAGGCGCUCCGCAAAGUUCAACAAGAGCUUCAGGAGGUGUUCGGUUCGUCUGAGCGGCCCGUCACCACCGAGGACCUGAAGAGGCUCAGGUACCUGGGCUGCGUGAUCAAGGAGGCCCUGCGCCUGUUUCCCUCCGUGCCUUUCUUCGCCCGCACCAUCUGCGAGGACUGCCACAUCAAGGGUUUCAAGAUUCCCAAAGGGGCCAGCGCCGUCAUCGUCACGUACGCUCUGCACCGGGACCCGCGCUACUUCCCCGAACCCGAGGAGUUCAGGCCCGAGCGCUUUCUCCCGGAGAACUCGGCGGGAAGGCCCCCGUACGCCUACGUCCCCUUCUCUGCCGGACUCCGCAACUGCAUCGGUAAGAACGGGAGGGUCGGAGCGCCGACAUGGCUGGAAUACGAUUCCCCGCGUACGUUCAUUUCCCCGUGUCCGGCAGGUCAGCGCUUUGCACAGAUGGAGGAGAAGGUGGUUUUGGCGUCCGUCCUGCGCAAGUUCGACGUGGAGGCCUGUCAGAGGCGAGAGGAGCUGCGGCCGGUGGGGGAGCUCAUCCUCCGACCGGAGAAAGGCAUCUGGAUCAAACUGGAGAAGAGGACGACUUCGGCAGACUAGCGCCUGCCUCAGUUUCAGAGGUGCCUUAUCUCGAAGUCCUGCCAGACCCUCCUCAUGGGGGGUCGGAGGUUCGGGACGAUGGGGAAAAACUGUGAAUUCUGAUUGUGAUUGUCCUCAUAAUUAUCACAAAGGCUGAGCCUUAUUUUUCUUUUUUGAAAUGCAUUGAGAUUGUUUUUCUUACACUUAAAAAAGAAGUGUUGAAAUGAUGUUAACAAUAAUUAAAUAUUCAUUUUUCCCCCCUAA